AUGGGCUAUUACGAGAUCUACUGCCAGCUUUGCGGCGUGAGCUUCAACAUCAGCCGCUUCAGGACCCGCAACGAGCCCCGGUCCGCCGCCUGGGCAGACUCGUCGGCCUCGACGCGGGACGAGUUUAGCUGGGUGCCGUACAACAGCUAUUAUGACUGCCCACGCGACGGUGACCGCAGCUGUUGCCUCGUCCAUCGCGGGCUCCUGCCUUGGCAGCUCAAGCAGGGGCAGUCCGCGGCCCAGGGCCUGUACGAAGACGACCCGGAGGGGGGCGUCCGUGAGGAGGACCCAACGUACGAGCCGCCGCGUAGUGAGACCGACGAGGACCCCCUGGAGUACGGCUCGGGAUCGAGCGUCGGCGGAGAUGACGGCGCGGUCGAUGGAGACGUUAUGGAGGAAUAUGACAGCCCCGAGAGUCAGUGGACGUUUUCCGUCCACGGCCCCCCGCCGCCCACAUUCGACACGGAGUUCCUCCCGCUCUCCACCAUUGACUACCUGGAAGACAACGAGGAGGACGAAGUUGAGGAGAAGGACUGGCAGGCCGUAAGGGAGCAGCAGCGCAUACGCCGCGAGAAACGAGCCGAGUACGAGCACGUUGCCGGGCCCGAUUGCCAGCACACCAACUGCUACAACGGCCAUAACAUAUCCGUGGAGCAAAUGACGGACUGCCUCACUGCCCAGUGCCUGUACGUCAAGCCCGACGACUGGGAGCCGCGGCCUGAUGACAUGCCGUUCGAGGCCACUUCUCGGUACUGCCUCUCGGGCCUGGCCGGAAACGUACCGUCUGGGGGCUGCGACCUCAAGUUUACGCCUGCUCGGCAUGGUUUCGCCGAGGGCAAGACGGACAACGACGACAACGUCUGGAUAGAGACGGAAGAAGACCAACGUGAGUCGGGCGUUGCCUUUCAUCCCGCCUGCUUCGAAAUCUUCACCGUCGUCAGCGACGCCGUCCUGGGCAAGGUCGACGCCGACGGCCUCGUCCGGCUGCGCAACCUCUCCUGCAAGCGCGAGGUUGAGACCUUCUGCGACUGGGCAGACGACGUCUUCAGCUGCAGGUCCCAGGUGUGGGAGCAUUCGCCUGGGACAGAGUAUCUCGUUGCCAACCCGCUCUUCGUGCCGGGGUUCCGGGAAAUCUGUGAACACGCAAUGAACCAGGGCGAGGGCUUCGACGUGCGACAAAGCCCCUUCGAGGCCCGUCAACGCAAGCCCAAUGCGACUGCCUCCUCAGACCCCUUCCACAGGCUCCCCGCGGAGCUUGUUCACAAGGUUGUCGGCUACCUUGGUUCUCGAGACAUCGCCGCCAUGCGUGCAUCGUCACGGGCCUUUGAGCACCUCCCCAUCUCGCUCUGGCACAGGCUCCUGGUUGAUGACAUGCCCUUCCUGUACGAGGCAUGGCGUGACGACGCGACGCCUUAUGACUGGGCCUGUCAGGACGUGCAAUUACUGCAGAAGAUCCGUCUCGAAGAGGAAGAAUGGCGGACACGGCGGUUCAUCAAGGCUCGCGACCUCGAGGACGUCGACAUGGAUGCUCACGCCGCGUACUUGGCGGCUACACCUGAAGUGCCACCGUGGCAUGGCGGGCCCGAAUCGAAGAAGAUGCUCGACGAGGCAUACGCCAGGAGGAAAGCCGCGGGCCCGAUAGCGCUGCCACAUGACAAGACCAACUGGUACCAGCUAUAUCGGGAUAUCGUCACCAAUUGGGACGAUUUUUUGGGGCUCAAAAACCGGGAACGAAUCUGGGGCACCAUUCACGACAUUUGCGAGAGAAUCAGGGACAUCCCCGAGAGCGACCAAACCAUGACAGAUUCCUGA